CAUAUGGCCAGAGUAGCCGGUCCCUAGUUUUAGCGAGGUCUAGGUCCCCAGAGUAGCUAAAGAAGGCCCAGGAAGCUGGAUUCAUUAGCCGUACUAGGGUAAAUCCUCAUUUGAAGAAGAAGAAGAAGAAGAAGUUUACGCCUCGUGUGUGGGGCCUUAAGAAUUUGGGAACCGCGAAAAGAUCUACCAAAAUCCACGAGACCGAAACCAAGAAAAAGGAUUUUAAAUCUUUUUGCAACGGGACACCCCGGAAGGAAGCCAUCGGAAACCGUGCCGGCAAGUUUUAAGAUAAACAGCCCUGUUGGGUCGAGUUCUUGCUAAGCCGAGCUGGUUGGAAUGUUUAAGUUUGGGUUUCAAGUUGAUCCGGAAAAGGGUGCAGACGAUAAAGAUGAGCAGAAGAGCGAGCCAUCAAACAACGAAAGCAAUCAAGGAAACGAAAAGGACGAGUCCUCAACGGCUGCUGAUUAUCCCUGCGAGGAAUUGACGAUGUUGCCGGAGCGUUCGACCAUCAACCCGGAUGUAGUGAACACUUUCCAACCAACUCCUGAUUGUACGAUAGAGUACCUUAACAAUCUAGCCUUGCUAGAUGAAACAUUCGAAGAGGAUAUUUUGAAUGCCGAAUCGGAUCACUCCGAUCUGGUUCCGGGUUGCUACGAAGGAGGACUGAAGGUGUGGGAAUGUACCUUUGAUUUGGGACAGUUUCUGGUCAAGGAAGAUCGGAAGAAACUGUUGGGCAAGAAGGUGCUCGAUCUAGGCUGUGGGGCUGGCAUUCUUGGUAUCGAAGCGAAACUGUUGGGCGCCGCUGAAGUACACUUUCAGGAUUAUAACAAGGAUGUCCUCAUGAAGCUGACGAUGGUCAACUAUGAUAUCAACUGUCGGUCACAGGAUAGCGGCAAGAAGGGAGACUCUCCGGCGCGUUUUUUCUCCGGCGAUUGGGCUAGUUUCACGGAAAAGUACAACGAUACCAAGUAUGACCUUAUACUAUCUUCGGAAACGAUAUACAACACUGGAAAUUAUCGAAAGCUGUUAGAUCUCUUCGAUCGAAAAUUAGCGAGGAAAGGAGCUGUUUAUCUAGCCGCAAAAACCUACUACUUUGGUGUAGGUGGCGGAACGCGACUGUUCGAGACGGAAAUGGAGGAAGACGGUCGGUUUCGGUACAAAGUGGUGUGGAAAUGUAGCUCUGGUGUCAAGCGUGAAAUUCUUAAAAUCAUGAAAAGAGAUGAGGAUUAACAAGGUUGUCAAAGUCAAGAAACUAUCAUGAAAUGAAUUCUAAUUAUUAAAAGGAACUCUCAUGUAAGUUUUUCGGAUGAUUUACGGGAAGGAUGUUGCAAAGUGAAAGAAAACAGCAGU